AUGCCAGAAGAAGGGAAGCACAGGAUCGGAAGAUUUGGAUCAGGACUCUGGAAUGAGAAUGGAAACACCGGCGGUGGACAAGAGACACCCAACGGCACAACUCAUGCGGAUCGACCACAUUCUCAUCAACAGAAAGUGGUGCUUACUGGACGUUCAGUGGUACCAUCCUUCAGCAGUGGUUCAGAUCACCGCCUCCUUCAAGCAAAAGGCGAUCCAGCGAAAACUGCAAAAGAAGAUCUGUCUUCGUAUUGGAGGAAGGAGAGUAGUCGUAUAUGA